GGGUGAGUGAGCAAAUCCCUACUUUAACAGAGUGGCAAAGCACACGCCAGUAAUGCAUCAGUUUGGGGGUAACCAGCAGGGAUUUCCAGCGAUGGGCUGUCAUGGGAAGGUAACUUGGGUCGUUGCUCGCUGCAGUCGGGAUGGAGGUUUGUGUGAGUGUCGAGGAAUUAAAUCCCUCAGUUAGACACUGAGCGAGGCUGGCUGUAACCCGCACCUUGCAGAGCUGCUGCUGUGCCAAGCAGAGACCUGCCUACUGCUGCCGUCUCUUCUUUUCCAGGAUAACCUGGGGCCCCAUCCCCUUCUGCUCUGCACCUCUGCAAACCUCUGCUUUGCCUACCGGGAGAGAAAAGGACUGAAUCAGAAUAGCUGUGCUUUCUGUGCUCCUUGAGCACAUGCAAGGGACUGCAAGCGAGCAGAGGAUUGGGCCUCUGGUGGCUCUCAGUAGGUGACUGUCUUUUAAAAAUGAAAAGCAAACCCAGAAUGGUCAAAAGGCCCUGAAAGGCAGCAAGAAUUACAAAUAGGGACUGAAAGCUAAAGAGAGAGAAAAUCUUAAUUAGAUCUCCACCAACCUGUAGAGGAACACAUUUGGAUUAAAAUGAAAUGGAGCUUUGUACUCUCAGGGUUUCGGCACAAGAAUGGAAGAGGAAUUAUUCACAUUUGCUAUUUGUGAAGCUGGAUUGCUUUUUCUGUGAACUUGUCUUUUUAACUUCUCACCUUGUCAGAAAAUUGUGAAAAGCUGCUGGGAUGGUGUAUUUGGGGUAGUUCUUAUCACAGCACAUAGCAGAAACAUUUCCAUGGUUUCAGAACACGGGCAGAGUUUCCUAUUUAAUCCUAUCCUCCCCAAGUUAACUCCUUUCCUCUUGUGGUAAGCCAGCCUGUCCACCAUUCACCAACCUGCCUUACAUUUCACUACCAUCGAUAUUUUCUCUUUGUGAAUAUCUAUCAAUAUUUAAUACAGUGGUGUCGGUUUUGCUGUAAGAUGAGAGGGACUACUAGAAACCUUGAAUUAUGCAUUGUGUGGUUGGGGGAAGCUGGGGAGAGUUUUCUUUUGGACCCAAAGCUCUUGGAGUUAAUCUCCAGGACCUGCAGCUUGAAAUCCUAAUAAUGGAUGAGCACCAGAAGAAACUCAAUCAGCGGCAUGAGGGAAGACCCCGCAAAGUGAGGUUCAAAAUAUCGUCAGCUUACAGCGGGCGAGUGUUAAAACAAGUCUAUGAAGAUGGGCAGGAACUCGAGCCCCCAGCCAAAGAGCACUCUCGGCGUUUUCUCCGCCACAGCUUUGAGCCAGGGGACCAUUUCUGUGGGGCCGGGGAAAUGCCAGAAAACAGGUUUUACUCGCCAGCCAAGCUGACUGCCCAGCGGAUCAGCAUAUUCAAAGAGGACAAGAAAUACAGUCUCACCAGUAACUCGCUUCUCCUCAGUGACUACCAGUCAAGCGACAGUCAUUGCAGGUCUUCCCCAAUUCUAGAUUUUGGCAAGAUCAUAAUCUACACUAAUAACCUGAAAAUCAUCCGUGCACCAAUGGACCAGAAAGAGCUCAUGAGAAGAAUCAUCCAGACUGAGGGAAUAAAUGACUGGGCCUUCAUAUACCGGGAAAGGAAAGAAAGAUUUGGUGGUGGACAUAAAAAAGAUGUGGAAAAAAAGGUUGCCUGCAACCAGUAUGCACAGGAAGGAGAUGCUGAACACGGUUGUUCCCAGUGUAAAGGGUCAGGCUCUGCUCCUUGCUCACUGUGCCAUGGAAGCAAGUUUUCAAUGCUGGCAAACAGAUUCAGAGAGUCCUACAGGGCUCUCCGAUGUCCGGCUUGCAACGAAAGUGGCCUGCAGCCCUGCCAGAUCUGUGCUGCCUGAUCAGGACCACCUUCUCUGCAGCAGGCUACAAGCACCGCAGCAAUAUUUGGUUGAAAACUUUGAAUUAUUUAACCCUCAAGCAGCCUCGCUAUAAUGACAGGUUUUUAAAAGAUGGGAGAGGCACGUUAUACACCUCUCACCGUAAAUGUGAAUUCUGCACCUCUGCUACUGACUGUCCCUCUUGUCUGCCACAUAUACCUAACUUUUGAAUCAGCCCAGACCCCAGGGUCUGCAGGGUGAACAUAUUGCCCAACGCUAGAGGAAAUUACCAGCAUUCGGAAGUUAAGCACCUGCGUAAAUGUCUCUGGCAUCUGGAACUCAGCCUGCAUUUGCUGGCACUGUCCCACAGUUAGGUAUGUGGUGCCUGGCACAGCCAGGUCCUGACCCACCAGAUGCUCCAGUAACAUCCUUAAAACCGGCAGAAGUAGGUGCAGUUUGGGCACGUUGCUAACAUUUCAGGGUGUAAAGUCUGUUUGUAUAACAACAGCAGAGCAGUGCCUCCCCUAGGUUUUAACUUGCUGAACGUUUUAAAAUUACACUGUCUUUUGUAGUUAACUGUGUACUUGCCCUGCAGUGUCACAAGCAUUUCCCCAAGAUUUUGCAGAUUCUUACAUCUGCUUUAGCGGACACAGUGAUUCCUUUGGGGUCUGAUUUAUGGGAAAAAACUGAAAACCCUUCCCAAACCUGGAGCUAUAAAAAAUGUACAAUAAUUUAUUAUUAUAAAUAGAUGUUCCUAAGUUUUUAGCCUACUUACGAGGAAGUGCUGAACUAAAAUUCCUCUCUACGAUGCUCAGCACUUUUCAGGAUCAGGCUGGUGGUGAGCAGGACUUCUGUUGCUUAAUAUUAAUCCCACGUUGUAAUAAGCAGAAGGUAAACUCUAAUUAGUUGAGGUGAAGCAAUGAUGUGGGAUACUUGCAAGCUGCCACUGGUGGCACAGAACAGAGGGGCUUCAAGAGGUUGAGGCAAACAGGGGAAACGGUGUUUUUUCCCCAGAGCAUUAACCUAUUACCUUUUAUAUUCAUGAGUAAUGUUAAUGCAGCCUUAACUCGCAUAUUACCUGUGAGACUCUGAUGAGUUAAGAGACUGCUCACAUGUACUUCAUGCUGGGGUUGCAAGCCUAGACAGGGUAAUUUAUGGCCAAGUUUCUAUUUUCCUAUGGUAGGUUGUAAGAGUUCUCUGCAAUACUUAAAUGAUUAGAAAUAACGCCGGUUUAGCUCUUAGACUUCCGUAUGUCUCCUGCUGAAAUUGUUCAGUGGGUACCGAGGGUUUAUUUUUCAAAAAAAGUGCAUACAUCUAUAGCCGAUACUUGAUUGGCUUCAUUUAUCGUAUCAGGAUCUGCAACAUGAAAAAAUGUAGUCCUUUGGGUAUUCACUGAGGGCAGAUGAGACCUCACAGAUCAGAAAUUGUUGUCAAGCGGACCUCUUCCCUCCAAUUUGACCUGUUUGAUCUCAUAGUUUUUUGGGCUUGUUUAAAAGUUCGCCGGCUUAAGAUAAGAAAAAAGCAACCAGGCAAAAUUGUUGCCCGAUAGUUUAAUGUUUACAAUAAAACCAGAUGCAAGUAUGCAUUUAUAAAAUCAGUAUUUAUUGUUCUUCGGUAAUUACGAUGUUUCUCAACCACCGUUACCCCUCCUGGCUGCGUCAGCUACUCCCGUUCCUCC